AUGGAGUAUGAGUUCCGGAAGACCAUGCAUCCAGGUGCAAACACCAGAGAACGACUUGCUUCAACCUUAGGCCUUGAUCAGAACGUGGUAAAUAUUUGGUUCAAGAACCGUCGUGUCAAAUGGAGAAAGGAGGAAAGAGAAGCACAGUGUCAACUGUCACAGAGAGGACCCAGCGAGGAGGCUCCAGGGACAGGGCAGGAGACGCUUUUACCCAUAAAUCCUGGGGAGACCUCCCGUAUGAGAGCAGGACAUUUGUAUGCGCCUGACCCUGGGCAACCUGGAGAGGCUCUUGGCUUUGUGGAUAAUUCAUCCGGUCAUCAACAGGUUCAUGGUGUCCACCCGAUAACUCUGGGCACGACGAUACCUCCUUGGGCUGAUUGUCCCUAUCAUAUAGAAGCAUUUGUGGAACUCUAUGCUUUACCCGGAGAUGAUGAUCCUAGCUGUAUGGACCAUUGA